CGAUGGAAUAUAUUAAGAAGACGCAUCAUUAGUAAUGAAGUUUUUACCGUAUGAUUGUAAUGCAUGCAUUCAUUAAGUUGAGAGCUAGAAGUUUCAAGAAAUUUCAAAUGAAGAUGUUGCCAAGCAUGCCACAAUUCCGCGUCCAGCUGGAGGUGGACAUUGGGCACACACCCAACUCGUGCCACAUAAAAGCCUCAGCAGCCGCCAAUUGCUAGACACAAUAUAAAGAACACUCUGAGAGGACAGAGCAAGCUGUACCUUUAUCUGCACGAGACGUAUUCUACCUUACUGAAGUGAUAAACGCUAGAGAAAUAUGGAGAACAAAAAUACUACCACUCUUACUGAACAGAAACCAGAAUCUCCCAACUGCAAAGAGGAUUCACUUCUCCCCAUUGCUGAGAAGGGACUUUUCUUCCACGAUUCCUUCUUUGAGGAUAUUCAGAAGCAAUUUGAGACAGCCAUCGACCAAAUCCUGGAUACGUGGGGAGAAGCCAAAUCCGUGAGUGAUCUGAUGAGUAGCUACAGACAUGUAAGAGAGCGUAAUCUGCAGCAAGAGAGCCAAGUCAUGGCCUUCAGCGAAGACGACCAGAAUCACAAGGUUGUGCUGGAUGUUGAUGACUUCAAGAAUGGAGACGUUAAGGUUAGAGUGGAAGACAAUCAGGUGGUGGUGGAAGGUCGAGUGGAAAAGGAAGAGGAUGACUUCAAGUCCACGAAAAGCUUCUGUCGACGUUUCAACUUCCCAGGCAAAGUGAACAUGGAGGCUGUGAGUUCCGCAGUGUCUUCCGAUGGCGUCCUGACUAUCACGGCUCCGAAGAUUCCACAGGCAGCAUAGAAAAAUAUAUUUCAAUAGCUGAAAUUACAGUAUACGUUAAAAGCCAAUGUAUAUGUCACUAUUUAUUAUUGAUUUGCAUAAUGUAGAAAUUCUUAUUAUUUACUGAUUUAUUCUUUUUAAUAAAUACUUGUUUA